ACGACUCUAGACGUCUUCUCGUACCCUUGAGAGCUCUUAAGCCCUACUAGCCAAACGUCGCUCGUUAUGCUGUCCUACUUUUCACAUCGCAAGGCAUGCGCGUUCAAGAAGAAUGAACGGGAAACCAGGAUCAAAAUCCUGCCUUCCGAGUUUCACCAGCGCAUCACAGACCGCGACAACAGCAUCCUCAACCUCCCAGCCGCAAGCAUUAUCUCCGAUGUACAAUCAGGCGGUCUUGACCCAGAGCACGUUCUCCUCGCCUUUGGGAAGAAGGCCCUACAAGCCCACGCCGAGACAAACUGUCUAACGGAGGUCAUGAUUUCCAGGGCUCAAGUAUGGGCCAAGCAGUGUAAUCGAUCGGGUCCUCUCGCUGGAAUGCCCAUUAGUCUCAAAGACAGCGUUGGCGUGACUGGAUUCGAUGCCACUGUAGGCUAUUCCGCAUGGGCCAACAAGCCUCUAGAGAAGGAUUCGGCUUUAAUCCGACUUCUGCAUGACGCGGGUGCUGUUCCGUUUGUCAAGACGAACAUCCCUAUCACCUUGCUCGCGUUUGAAUCCAGUAACGACGUCUGGGGACGCGCCACCAAUCCUCACAACAACGAAUUUUCCCCAGGAGGCUCUACCGGCGGUGAAGCCGCUCUUCUCGCAUAUGGCGGCUCACGACUUGGUAUCGGUACAGAUGUGGCCGGCUCAGUUCGAGUCCCCGCCCACUACAGUGGCAUUUACACUAUCAAAUGUUCAGCAUACCGUUUUCCCAAGUCUGGUGGCGUGAGCGGGAUGCCUGGACAAGAGGGCAUACCCCCUGUUUAUGCGCCCAUGACCAGGACGCUGGAAGACCUGGAAACCUUCUGGAAAGCGGUCGUCUCGAUGAAGCCAUGGGAGUAUGAUCCAUCUUGUGUCCCGAUACCUUGGAGAGAUGUCGAUCUUUCGAGCAAACCGAUCAGAUGGGGUAUCAUGUUGGAGGACGGAGUCGUGCAACCCUCUCCGGCUUGCUCGCGCGCGCUGCAACAAGUCAUGACGGCGUUAGUCACUGGAGGUCAUGACGUAGUCACUGUUCAACCACCUAGCCCCUCCGAAGCUCUCAAAAUCGGCUCUUCGCUGAUGACAAAUGCCUGUAUAAGUGCAUGCAACCCAAUCCGCUGGUCCGAAUCGAAUGACCCCGGUGUCAGCCGUUUCAUGGGCCCUCUCCGUCUCCCCCGUCUCUUCAACAUGUUGCACUCCUGGUUCUACCGCUACAUCCUGCGCGAUCCUCUCUACGCGGACCUCAUCGCAGGAUGGCACACCACAUCUGGCCAGGAAUUCUAUGCCCUUUGCGCGCAGAGGGAGAAGUACAAGAUCCGGUGGCAUGACUGGUGGAAAGAACAGGAGCUGGACUUCCUACUGACGGUCCCGAAUGGGAUGCCGGCGAUGAAACAUGGAGGAGGCAAGUUGGGAUGGAAGGCGUGCGGAUACACCUUUUUGUUCAAUGUGCUCGAUUAUUCUGCUGGCGUUUUACCUAUCACGCAUGUCGACAGGACUUUGGACGCGCUCACGAAACCUGUCAAAGCGCGUAACACGAUCGAGAAGGACGCGUAUGCGGGCUACGAUGCUGAUCAGAUGCAUGGGCUUCCUGUGGGUGUGCAGGUGGUAGGGAGACGCCUUGAAGAGGAAAAGGUAUUGGAGGGCAUGAAGAUCAUUGAGGCUUUGUUGAGGAAGGAGGGCAACGCUUACACUCUACUGGAGAAGUGAGCUUCUUCCUGAGAUGAGAACUUCUGUGAUAUAUUGAAGCAGCACAUGUAAGAAUAUAUAAUGCGGGAUGAUAGGACGGGGAUAUAUGUCGCUCGGGUUGUACGGAGUAUGGAUAUUUGCAGUGUGCGUGUGAUUUAACUAGAAUGUACAAUGAGGGUACGAGCCUAGUUCGUUCGUGCUGGUGGGGUAUGGUAGAGCAAUUAUAGGCCACAAAGCCCGGUCAACGAGAACGAGAAGAAGAAUUUGGGACGAUGAUGCGAAAGCAGAGAUUGAAGAGCUAAGUGUAGCCGAAAAGUCAGAAUAAGCUUGAUGAGGGUAAUAACAUGAAGUAUAAACAGUUGAACAAAACGAAGGAGGUCAACACGCAUAACCCAGAUUCCGAAAAGGAGAAAUUGAUGUCCAUGCAGAGAUUGCCGUGAAAGAGGAUUACUAUCGCCGUGAAUAUGCUUGUUUGAUGGUCACGUAGCCGUUCUCUGCUAUCAUACAUGCCAUACACUGACUCUACCACCACUACCGAGGGCCGAUACUACGAAUAGAACUCGACGAAACAAGUUCAUUCGGACUGCCCAAGGCAAUACCCUUCGCACUACCACUUGCACUAGAGAUCGGUGUGUUACCUGUAGAGCCUACGGGCAGGAUACGGACACCGCUCGUCGCGAGCCCUACUCGUUCGGCCAGGCCCACGGUGGGCCCGGUGUCUGAUGGUGCAACGGAGAUGGGAGGCAGGGGAAGACUACGCGGUGGGCGCGAUGCGGUCGUAGAUGAAGGGGAAUGACUGUAACUGCUCGGUGCAUAGCGAGUGGGGUGUCUCAGAGCGGAGGUUUGAAGGCUAGCCAAGGGUGGCAAUGACGGAGGGGCUACUUGACCCAUGCUCUUCAACGAAGGCACUGCAGGAGACGACGUAGAGCUGUGCAGCAGCGUAGAUUUCGGAGCAACGGGUGACCGUUGUGUGGAGGUGCUCUGGGAUCUGCCGCGAGACUUGAUUUUGAGGGGUAGUGGCGGUGGCGGGGGCACGAUGAGAGUUGGACCCAGUCUGCGCAAUUCGUGUGGUUGCAAUGGUGGAGGUGGGGGGAUCCAAGCCGUGGAUUUCGACAUAUGAUGCGAAGAGGCCUUGGCACCGGGUGCAACAGUCUGGGGUAGAGGUGGGAGCUUCGGCGCAGAGCUAGACGAGAAGCCCGACGAGGACGACCACCCUGUUGGCAGAGGAGGUUGCGGUAUGUUCAGCGUGAGUGCAGAAGAAGGAUGCUGAUGAGAUGCCGUCCGUGCGGGUGAUUUCGACCGUGAAGCCUUCGCGGCAAAGGGCACGUUGGGGAGCUGCAUAUCGACGGACGACAGUGAGGUUUUGGACAAAGACGCGGGUAGCGACGAUAAUGGAGGUAUGACUGGCGGGAUCUUCGCUCCAUAGGGCGACGAAUUGUCCACUGUUUUGGACCUGCUACGAUGUUUGAUCCCUCCUUGGGACGCUGAAGACGUCGCACGUGCUCUACCACCUUUCGACUUCGUCGAUCCAGCUGUUGUAGGAGGCAUAGGUGGUACAACAGCCGACUCUUUCUCUUUGCUUGUCUCCGAUGCUGCGACGGAGGAAAGCGAUUGCGCUCUUUUACGCUGUUGGUGUUGCUUCAUGAGUGCGGCAGUCGGAGGAAUGAUAGUCAAACUAGGUUUUGCCACCCGUGCCUUCUUCGCCUGUUCCGUCUCUGAAGACGUCGACGUAGUUGAGGUGGCACGUAAGCGCAUUGCAUUAGCACCGGUCAGCUGCGAGGGUACUGCGGCAUUCGAUGAAGCGGAGGUCUUUGCCGACUUUUCUGAAGGUGCCGCGAGAGACGCCGCGUCGCUCGUGGUUCGACUGCGAGGUGGUAUGCUGAGCUUCGCCGGAACCUGAGGAGACGUAGAAGUUGAGAGGGCUGAAGUAGCUGAAGACCAGUAGACAGAAGAUGCCCUGGAAUCAGGAGUAGUGCCGACACUGGUGGUAGAUGGUCGACGACCAUCGACGAUAGCACCAGCGCUCGACGCCGUUACCAAACUGGCCGCAGAAGGUCGACGGCCAUGAGUUGCACCAGUGCUCGAAGGUGGGCAUGAUGAACUUGUGCUGACUGGCGUCUGAGGAGCAGACCGGUCCCGAUCACGGUCACGGUCGGAGUGGCCAAUCACAAGUGGCUCUCCAAAGGAGUCUAUCACGUUGCGAGAGGCCCAUGGGGGCAGAGCAGUAUCCUCCUUCCUUGCCCAGUCGACAGGGCGUUGAUAUCGAGACAGACGACCGAGAGCUUUGAUGCUUUCCUUCAUCGGAUUUGGGGAUUCUAUUGUCGGUAGUGUGGGUGUUGGAGGGAAUAUGAGUACGUCGUCUUGAGAGGCCGGAGAAUCCGAGUUGCUCAGCGCAGGCGAAGAAAGCGUGGUAGUCAAUCGCUCCCUUGAUCUCGACGGGUUGGGAUGGGUAAGGUCUAUCACAUCGGAGGAAGGUGGUCGUGGAGGGAUGGCAUGUAUUGAUGGGCCUCGUCGAGAGUACUUCUCAAAAGUCGUGAUAGGUGUCGAGUUCUGCCGCCGAGGCGUUAUUCUGGAGAACAAGGGAGAACCGCUCUUGCCGAAGGGAUUUCGAAAGAUCUUUCGACCUUUGGACUGCUCCGCCGUCGAGGGAUCGUUCGGAUCCGAAGGUGUGAUAUAGACGCGGUCAGGAAAAGAUGAGACAGACAGCGCCAUCACGUCAAUUAUACAGGCAGUGAUCGUCAAUUGAAAUGAAUGUGAAGGCCUGGCUUGGCCGUGACGGGUGAAGGCUGGUGAAAGACCAGUGAAUAUGAAUAUGUGCUAAACUCAAGCGCGAAACUCUCCAGGACCUGACUCUGGCUCAACGAAGGAUGACUGCGAGGAGUCUGAACGUGGUUGUCGCCUUCAGUUCGAAAGGUGAUGACCGGCACCAGUGGUUAUCAUUCACAAGGUCUGGAGACGCUUAUAUAGAUGGAUGAAGUGGUCGAAAGCGCUCCUCCGGUGAAGUGUCUCAAUGGUUUAUGGACGAGGUCGUACAGCCUGAGACAUGGAUUCGUUGUCAACCGGACUACCCGUUAUCAAGCGCCUCAGACAAUGUGAAAGACUGGCUUUAUCGGAAUGUUUGUUUCCCCUCCACCAGAUGGGAUGAUCGCAGGCCUUGAAGAGAGAUGAAGCGACGCCCGCGCCGACGACCGUUGAGUGGGAAGGAAAGAAAACGGACGAUCACGAGAACGCGUUCGUCGCGACUGUUCGCCCUGAAACCAACAAGCUGUAGUAAUUGGGUGCCUGAUGGAUUGAUGCCACAAUAGCAGCUUGAGGGAAGAGACUGUGAAGUCCUUAACGAACAGGGCGAUUCAGAUGAAGGCUGGAUGUGAUGCUGGCAAACAAAAGAGAGACGAGUCUUCUUUGACGGGUACCAUCUCUCCUC